GACCAUUUUGUCCCAUUUUAUAUCCCGAACAACAAUGACUGGAUUACCCCGUUGAAAACUGAAAAUUUCUGAAUACCCUCAAUGAUUUGAUCACAUACUGAUCCACCUCAUUCCAACUUCGGAUCCAGCUUCUCUCUCUGUUUCUCUCCAUAACUGGAAUAAGAGGCAUCUGAGAGAUUGUUGGUUAGAUCCAUACCAAAAUGGGAUUCCUGGUGACAACUCUAAUUUUUGUUGCAAUUGGUGUUAUUGCAUCUCUCUGCGCCAGAAUCUGCUGCAAUAAAGGGCCUUCUACUAAUCUGUUACACCUAACAUUGAUUAUCACGGCGACCGUGUGCUGUUGGAUGAUGUGGGCGAUUGUAUAUCUUGCACAGCUGAAACCACUCAUUGUUCCAGUUUUGAGUGAAGGGGAGUGAGUGCAUUGUACCUCAAAUUUUGGAGGGUGUUGAUAGUUACUGGAGAUUGCUGGACCCUAAGUAUUCUUCUCUCAGGCCUUGUAAACUUUUCAUCUGCUGCGAAUAACUUGAAAAUUUAAUUUGUAUAUUGUUCAUCUCUUCUGAAAUGGUUCUGUACGAACCACCAUUAUAAUAUCCUCAGUCAAUUCUGGGCUGAAGAUGAGGAUUGUAUGUAUUUUGGAUUGGACUCUGAGUUGGAUCGAGGAUGAUAAAUAAUCAAAUGGCUGUAUGUUCUUGCAUUGUUUUUAUGA